AUGAUGCGCAAUGUUGUCUUUAAUUAUGUUUCUGCGAACCCACUUUAUUCAGUUUCGUGGAGUAACCGUAAAGACAAACCGUUACGUAUUGCCACGACUUCAUUUAUGAGUCAAAUCAAAAAUUCAUGCGAAGUCAUUCAGUUGAACGAGCAGUCGAAUCAAAUGUUAAAAAUUUGUGACACGGUGAUAGAAUAUCCGCCGACCAAAGUCCAAUUUAGUCCCGACACGUCAGUCGGGUCACGUGACUUAUUAGUGACGGGUGGCUUGAAGCCCCAAAUCUUCGAGAUCCAACAAAACCGGAUGGCGUCCGUUGCUAUAUUAGGUGCUUCGACUGAGGCCCUUUCCCCAUGUACUUCGUUAGAUUGGAAUACAGUGAAUAAAGAUCGACUAGCGACGUGUUCUCUUGAUACGACGGUGACUGUGUGGUCUGUCGAGACGUGUCAGCCGAUUAAAAAAUUGAUAGCACAUGACAAAGAAGUGUACGACGUUGCCUUUGCGGCGAACCCGGACUUAUUUGGAACAGUUGGUGGGGAUGGAUCGCUUCGUAUGUUCGAUUUAAGAAGUCUUGAACAUUCAACGAUUUUGUACGAAUCACAAGGGUUGGUCCCGCUACUCCGGCUUGCGUGGAACAGAUUCGACGCAAAUUAUAUCGCAACAUUCUCCGCUGACUCAAACAAAAUCGUCGUCAUCGACGCGAGAAAACCAGCAGUCCCGUAUAGCGAACUCGCUUUACACCAAAGCAACGUCAACGCUAUUUGUUGGAGCCCUCAUAGCUCUACACAUAUCUGCUCAGCUUCAACAGAUAGAAAGGCACUCAUUUGGGACUUGUAUCCUAUCGAAUCAGGAAAACCUCCUAUGGUCUUACAAUAUGAGGCAUCAGGAGCAGUUAAUGAUGUGUCGUGGUGCGGAACUAAUCAAGACUUGAUAUGCGUCUCGGUCGCAAACCAGGUCCAAGCCAUUAGGAUUUAA